GACAAACAGAGAGAGAGAGAGAGAGAGAGAGAGAGAGAGGGGGGGAGGGACUGUUGCUUCAAUUUUCCCACAAGGCAAACAUUUCUUAAUAACUCUAACAAGGUGUGCAGCUUAACAGUCUGUCUGGAGAAAAACACACCACAGAGAGACUUACGCUGGACAACCAGACACAGCAAUAACUUAAGGUGAACUUAAGGUGAACACUCUGACAGUUUAUCUCGAGUCACUGCCUUCGGUGCUGCUGAGCUGUUCCAGCCAGGAUUUCAUCAAGUUAAUCUCCAACCCAAAGUCAUAAUGGAGAGGAGAAGACUGGACUUACUUAACAAAGUCUUCAUGAAAGAUAUUUGGAGGGAAAUCGUGUAAUGCUUAGUGUCCACACACAAAAUGAUUAUUCCUGGAUGGACCGUUUGGUGCCUUUUACUGACUCUACACAUGUCAGCCUGUAACCUGGAAGCUUCUGGAUACAAUAGCCAUGAAGUCAUCUGCUCUCAGGGUCUCUCCAAUUGCACCAUGAAGGAUGAGAUACCUCUUUUUAAGGAGGAAAAUACUUCUGUAAAUGUCCAAAACCUGACACCAUAUUUCAAGCUCUGCUGCAAAGACGGGGCAUCAUGUUGGUUAUGUCUGGUAAUCGACAUGGAGAUAAACACCCACACAGAAAAGGACAUGGAGGAUGAAGGCCACUCUGGGAGGGAUGAGGAGGAAUAUAACGAGGAGCUGAGCAAUUCUAAAGCGUCUGUGUCAGUGUGCUUCAAGACCGCACACACCAUGCCCAGCUGCAAGAGGGUGGAGUUUACGGUUAAUCAUGCAGCUCUUACUCAACAACACCAGGCAAAGGUUUCCAUGGUGAUUACUGAGCCAGCUGGGGUUACCUUCAGCAGUCAAUUGAGGAUUUAUUCUGUUAAACAUCAUCUGUUUCAUCCGAUUGUCGCUCCUUCUCUAGAUGAAGUUUGCUCCCAGAAUCUGUCUGAGCGUGUAGAAGAGUGUGGCGUGCCCAGACUCCUCAGUGUUAUUAACGAAGAGAAGAAUCGUGUUGAGCUGCAGUUUGUUGGCAGGAAUAUGAACUCACCCUCUGUGUGCCUUCAGUAUGAGCAGAAUGGAAAAUGCAAGAGAUGGAAGAGGCUGCCCAUCCCGUUGUAUUCUGUAACCACCUGCAUGUGUUUUCAGGUAUGGGAUGAGGAUGAUCAGAGGUCUCGGCGCUCUCUAAGCUGCCCUUUCAUCAACACAAGUUUGAAGUCUGGAGAUUUACUCCACAGGAAUAUUUGGGAGAAUAUUUCAGUGUCUGUUGGUCAGGGUCAGAUGAGCAACUCCCGCUCAAUGCUGUCGUGGAACGUGUCUGCCCCCUGCAGGCUGGAGGGGGAAGUGUGGCCCUGUCAGAGAGACCUCAGCUGCCGGGAGGUGAAGGGCUUCAGACAACAGCUGGCAACGGGUGAAUGGAGACAAAACAGCAAGGAAUUGUGGGUGACAAGGGGGGUGUUUGAAGACAUCAACCUUCAGCUUUCGCCAUGUGUCAUGGUGAAGGUCAGAGGAAUGGGACUUGACCUGGGUCCAUUCUGUUUUAACAACACCGACAGGUGGCGCUGGAGUCUCCUGGUUGUUGGUGUAAUGCUGAUAGUUUGCUUGACUAUGAUCAUGUUCUAUGUGCUUCAUGACUUCAUCAAGAAAUGGGUAUGGAGCUGUCAUUAUGGCGGAUUUGUCAAGGUUGGCAGAAUGUCUCAUGUGGUGUUGCUGAGCCCCCCAGAUGUGGAUGCUGGUGUUUCAGAGUCAGUGUGUGAGCUAGGGUCCUUGCUCUCUAACCAUGGCUUCCAUGUGUCUGUGGACCAGUGGAGCAGGAAGGAGCAGUGCACUCUGGGACCUCUGCCAUGGCUGCACUCACAACUGCUGGAGCUGAAGAGCCAGGGUGGCAGAGUCGUGCUCGUCUUGACCCACGAUGCCUUAGAGAGAACAGAGGAAUGGACCCGUUUGCACAAAGAGGAUAUCAAGAUGAAGGUGGACAACAAUGAUCUUCCUCAGACAUGUUCCCCUUACUCUGAUGUGUUCACAGCCUCUCUGUGCAUUAUCCAGGCGGACAAACAGCAGGGCAGGGCAGGAGAGCGUUUUCUUCUUGUCAAAUUUGACUCCCAUCCUAGCAGUGACAGGAGACUACCAGAGCUUUUUAAGGGCCUGCCCCUGUUCCAUCUCCCCUCAAAGAUCCAGGCUCUCCUAUCUGAGCUAACUGUGGGGGCACAGAAAGGAGAACAGGAUGGACAUAACCAUGGAGAAAUGAAAGGAGAAAUGAAAGGACUCAGAUGGAUGAAAAAAACCCAAAACUAAAGAAGAAAAUCACGUUGGAGUUUUGGGACAAACCUUUGAAGCAUACAUAUAGAUUUCAUGCUGGAGAUAAUGUUGAUCUGCUCACAUGAGGGGCGAGUUCAUCUUAAAUGUGCCUGGCAUACAUCGUAGGACACUAAUGAAGACCUGUUGAAAAAAAAAAUCUAUUUUGUUAAUGUUUGUUAUAUGGGGUUCCAUUUGUGCAAAAACCAAACAGACAUUUGGCUGUAACUUUUCAACAGUGAACUGUGCUUUCAGUUUAUCUGUGUCAAUUGCUCACCUGACGACACAUUCGUCUGUGUAAAUUAAAAUGUUAACAAGAUUUCAGUAGUUUUGUUGUACUCCAUGUCAUCAAAAUAUUUAUUUGUUUUGUUUUUUAGCAUUUAUUUUGUAUAGGACACUGGAUAAAGUAUGAAAUCGGGGAGUGGUGAAGGUAGGGGGAAAGGAGCCGCAGAUCAGAAUGGAACCCAAGCUACUUCACUGCACUGCUAUAGCCUCUAUGGGGAACAACCUAUCCGCUAUCCCAUCUGAGCCCCAUACUCCCCUUCAUCUUGAUGUUACUCUGACAACGUCAUUAAACAUGUCCUGAUGUGACGUAUGUGUCAUUAUACUUGCCUUUCUGAUGUGGCGUCAGACAAUGUCAGUACACAUUCUAAUGUGUUGUCUGUGUUGUUAGAGCUACCUGUUGUUCUGAUGUUUUGUCUGGUUGUGUCACUAUAUCUGUGUUCGAGAUGUGUUGUCUGGAGAUGUCAGUAUGGAACUGACUUAAAUUACUGUACAUUAUGUUCAUUGUUCGGACUGGACAUGACAGUAAUGAUAGUCUUUGGCCUAUCAAAAAAAAAGUUGACAAAGGCUAUACUUAAUUCA